UGGGGGAGCUUGGUGGGCUGCUGUCUAUGGGGUCGCACAGAGUUGGACAGGACUGAAGCGACUUAGCAGCAGCAUCAGCAUCAAUAUUACAUUGUAUGGUUUUACUACAUUUUUUAUCCUUUUAUCUACUAAACACACCUUAGCUGCUUCCAAAUUUGGCAAUUAUAAAUAAAGCUACUACAAACAUCUGCGUGAGUUUUUUGUGUGAAUGUAAGUUUUUAACUCAUUUGAUAAACACCAAGGAGCAGAACUGCUGAAUCAUUUGUUAAGAGGAUGCCAAACUGUCUUCCACAAUGGCUGUACUGUUUUGUUUUGCAAGAGCAAAGAGUGAGAGCUCCUGCUGCUCCAUAUCCUGUCAGCAUUUGGUGUUGCAGUGUAUCUCAUUGUUUUAUUUCAGUCUUUAAAAAAAAAUUUCAUUGUGUUCGAGUUAAAGCCCAGGUGUCAUCAGAGGGCAUCUAAGGUCACUUGUGAGUUGGCUCUAGAACCAGAUUGAAGUCAAUUCUGCUAAUUAUUCACUGUGUGUCCUUGGGCAAGGACUUAAUCUCUAGUUUACUUAUCUCAAAAUGGUGCUAAAAAUAGUACCUACUUACUAGGAUUGUUGUGAAGAUUAAACAUGUUUAUAUAUGUGAGGUGCUUAGUACGAUGGGCAACACAGUAAGUACCCAAUAAAUGUUAGAAAUAAUAAUCAUUUUGUCCUAAGUAACCUUUCUGUCCUUAUCACUUGCCAUUUCCAACCAUGUGUUUCAGCCUCUGCAAUAUAAAAUUGUUUGCAUAUUUAAUUGUCAUAGUCUAUCAUUUCUAGGCCUUUGCUCUAGAUUUUUCCUUUUCAUUCACUCGGCUAACUCCUACUCAUUCUUAAAGACUUCAUUUAAAUGUCAGUGCCUCUGGAAAGCCUUUCUAGUCCCCGAAGCUGGGUAAUUGUCACUCCCAAAUCAUUCUAUACUUGAGACACUGUGGUGUAAAUGCCUGUUUUCCAGUAGAUCGUAAGCUCCUUGAGGAUAUGAACUGUUUAUUAUUUAUUAUCAGAGUCCAGAAACACUGAUAAGUGCUCAGUAUGUUUUUGUUUAAAUGAAUAGACAGAUGAAUUGUUAUGGUUGUGAGGAAGUGUAACUCUCUGUUGUGAGAAAAUCUAACUGUAUUUGUUUCUAUUUAUUAUCUCCUUCUAUAUUCUAAUUCACAAAGCCUGGAGUUGAGAAUGCACGAGACUACCCUGACUUGGCAAAGGAAGCAGUUUUCAGAUAGGGCCAGUCCACUUGAUAAACAUCUUGACAUCCUGAACAAAAAGCAUGGACUUUCUACCCACCCACUUGCUUCUCAGAUAUUUGGGUGUGCUGGGAAAGAGCAUAUGGAAAAAUUUGGUCUGGCUCAGUGUGCUGAACUCUGCUGGCAGCUGAAAGGGGAAGUCGGAGAAAGGCAAGUUCCCGGUGCAGAGGUGCUCUGCAGCACAAAACUGGCAUUGGAGGAGCUGCUGUUGUCAUGCUGUACCAGAUGGGCUUUCCUGAAGCUGCCAGAGACUGGAAACUCUUGGUUUCCCAGCAGCCUCAUCAGAUAAAUUAGAAAGGCUACCUCAGUAGCAGGUAUAGAAACCUCCAGGUAUUUUGGGAACCAUGGAAAGGAAGGAAUUCACCUAGAUCUGUCGGACAAAAUCUGUGGCAAGCUGUUGUCAUGACUUUCCUAGCCCUGAGAAGCUUUUUAAAAAAUUCAGUCUGGGACUCCUUAUAAAAAUUUCGGCAAAGCACCUCUUUGAGGAAAACUUGGUUGCCACUGAAGCAGAGCCCCAUGCCACCUGCUCCUGUUCCUGCCUCACCGCUGUUCACUCUCCCCGAAGAACAAGUCGAUCAGGAAGCCAUGCUGCAGCCAUGGCCUUUAAAGACACCAGCAAGACUCUCAUGGAGCCAGAGGUGGCCAUUCACCAGAUUAGGAUCACCUUCACCAGCCACAAUGUGAGGUCUCUGGAGAAGCCAUGUGCUGGUCAGCGGUGCAAAGGAAAAGAAUCUCAAAGUGAAAGGACCUGUUCGGAUGCCUAGCAAGACUCUGAGAAUAACUAUAAGGAAAACUCCUUGUGGUCAAGUUUAUUGAGACCAGAUUUAUUUUGCAAACAAAUUAGUCUUAAUUUGGUUAUAUUUGGUAGAAAUGGAGGUAAUUUUAGAGAGAAAAAGAUUAUGUUUCAAUGAAUGUUAAAUCCCAAUUUUAUUAACGGAGGUCUGUAUUUACUAAGACUCUCUUCCUGGAUAGUUCCUUGUUGUUAUGUUAUAUUAAUAUAAAGGUUAAUUUAAUUACUAAAAGGAUACUCUAUAAUUUUUUUCUGAGCUUAUCUCAGUGAUUUAUCUUUGAAUGAAGGUCAGAUGCCUCUUGACCUAUGACCAGGGAUUGUGCAUACUGGAAAAGAGAAUGUAAAAGACUAUCUCCAACCUAGAUGGAAGGACACUUUAUCAGGUCCUCUUAACUAGCUCAUGCACAGUGAAACUGAAGGGAAUUAACUUUUGGAUUAAUUCCCACUUGCAAAGACCCUUACACUGGACUAGCCUAUAGAGAAGAUGGCCACCCGCAAUAUCACCUUAGAACAGCACUCAAAUGGAGAGAGACUACACUCACAUUAGGAGGAGAAGAAGACAUCAGAAGUAGACAGCUAGCCCGAGAUCCUGGACCUGACUCACAUGAUCAUUUAUAAUGUUUUCUUGACUUCUUGGUACUUUGUAUAUGAAUCAAAUGUUUUCCUAUCAUGAGCAUGAUCAUAGUGAAUAGCCCUUAGGAAAUUAUUUUAGAAGAAAGAAAGUUCAGUCCUAUUCAGGCUACUCUUGAUAUUACUAGAUGGGAUCCCCUCACCUGGUCAAUUAAUAAUACUUGCUCUGAUCCUGGCCAUAAAAAUGAAUUUUCUGGACUUCUCUGAUGUUCCAUUGGUUAAGACUCCACAAUUCCAAUGCUGGUAUCAUGAGUUCUAUCCCUAGUCAGGGAACUAAGAUCCCACAGAUGAGCACAGGUGAAAAAGAAAUAAAAAAGUUUUUUUUUCCUUUAAAGUUACUCAAGUUUAAUCAGAGUAACAAGCAAAAUUUCAGCCAAGGAAUAAAACCUGCCACAAUUAUGGAAUGGAUUUAUGAGGUUAACACCAGGCUAUGCUUAUUUAAGUUUUAAGGUCCCUAUUUUCUUGGGAACAAUUAAAUUUUACUAAGGAUAACCAGCCUAAUAACACUAGGAAGUUGGGCUGGGAACCUUAUGGACAGUGCCAAUAUAUCAUUUCCCUGAAAGAUAAGGCUUGGAACAGAGCAGAAUAAGUCAGAUGACCUGGAGAUAUACUGCUGCUACUGCUGCUAAGUCGCUUCAGUCGUGUCCGACUCCGUGCGACCCCAUAGAUGGUAGCCCACCGGGCUCCCCCGUCCCUGGGAUUCUCCAGGCAAGAACACUGGAGUGGGUUGCCAUUCCCUUCUCCAGGGGAUCUUCCUGACCCAAGGAUUGAACCUGGGUCUCCUGCAUUGCAGGCGGACUCUUUAUUGUCUGAACUACCAACCCAAUAGUACUGCUGUCUGUGUUAUGCUAUGUUAUUUGUAUUUGCUUGUUUUACAAGAUUAUUGUUUCUUGCAUUACCAGAUGUGUGACUGAGCCUCUGACAAAAUAUAUAGUUCUAUAUGUGACCAAUGAUUGUAAUAGUAUAACUCUACAUGUGGGAAGAUACAAUAAGAGGGUUUUGUUUUUUUUUCCUGGAUCAUAAUAGAUUAGUAAGACAGGUGGUCUGGAGACCUUUGACUAUUGUUAAAUAAGACCUAGCCCAAUAGUAGCACAUUGAGUAGACUAUUAGCAAAAUCUUCACCAGACCUAGGAAUGAGCCUUUCUAGCACCAUGGUCAUGAAAUGCCUCCCAAAACAUGAUCAAAUUUAUAACCAUGAGGGGGCCCUGUAACCUACAAAUUGGCCUUUGUCAUGGGCACUUGCCAUCUACCUACAAGGAUUAAAUCAUGUGCUAUUGCAGCAGCUGAUUUUCAACACCCGCUGAAAGGAAUUCAGGGUAGAGAGUAGAGAUGAAGCAUUGUGUGCUCUGGGAAAAAUUGGCAGAACAGGUCUUCAGAUAGUUAGGUAUUUUCAGAAGUCAAUUUUAUGAGCCCAAUUCUUGUAUCUCCUCAUGUCUAGAAAAGCACAAAUAUUCUUAAUGGUGAUGACUGCUCCUUCGUUAGUAGCAGAAACCUUCUGCAAAAAAAUAAGUGUUAGAUUGCAUGUACUUCCCCUUCACGAAAAUCACAUAUAUACUGACCUUCCCCCCUUUGGAGCAGUUUCUCAAAGCUAUCUGAAAUGCUGUCUCAGGCUACAGUCCUCAUUUUGCUGCAAAUAAACUUAAUCACAGCUUUCACAUCGUGCAUUUUUAAGCUGGCAAAUCUUUGAGAUCUAAGACUUUAAUUCUCCCCUUGUGUUUGAAGAUCUCCCUCAUACUGAGUAAAUGUUUAUUGAGUUGAAUCAAAUAAAAAGAUGUUGAAUUUUGUUUCCACUUUAA